AUGCUGAAGGAAGUGGGCUGUGGAAGUAGCACACCCCCAGGCGGGGACUGCACGACCCCGAGCAGACGAGAGAACAUCAAUGAGAGCGACAAAGUCCACUCGGAGGUCGUGGGUGGUGCUGGCGGACUCGCUUGCGGCGGCUGCGGAAGAGACAUCGCGGAAAGAUGGUAUCUCAGGGCGGCUGACCGCGCUUGGCACUGCGGAUGUCUGAGGUGCUGUCAUUGCCGGGUUCCCUUGGCAGCCGAGCUUACUUGCUUCUCAAGAGAUGGCAAUAUUUACUGUAAAGAAGAUUAUUACAGGCUGUUUGCUGUCUCGAGAUGCUCAAGAUGUCGGGCUGGAAUUUCCGCAACAGAACUGGUGAUGAGAGCACGGGAAUUGGUUUACCACGUCGCCUGCUUUGUCUGCGCUUCCUGUGGGGUCCCUCUUAACAAGGGAGAUCACUUUGGGCAGCGUGAUGGACUUGUUUAUUGCAGGCCACACUAUGAAUUAAUCUGCUGUGCCGCGGACUACGGAAAUACCGCUGGAAGCGUUGAAGACCUCGGCUCACCGGACGUGUCAUCCCUCACUGGGUACUACAGUGCUAAUGAGCAAAGUCCCGUUGCUAAUGUGCAAAAAGGGAGGCCACGGAAAAGAAAACUUUCAGAAAUUUCGAGGUCUGAUUUGCCGGUUUCGAUGCGAUUGGCUGCAGAACUUAUGCAUCCCAAUGAAUUGUCGUCCUCAAUGGAAUCGUUGGCCGCGUAUGAUACAUCAGUCGGUUCCCCGGGACCAAUUCAUCAGAGUCAACGCACCAAACGUAUGAGGACGAGCUUUAAGCACCAUCAAUUACGUACAAUGAAGAGUUACUUUGCGAUAAAUCAGAACCCGGACGCAAAAGACCUAAAGCAACUCGCACAGAAGACCGGACUUUCUAAGCGCGUUCUGCAGGUUUGGUUCCAAAACGCUAGGGCGAAAUGGCGGCGCAACAUAAUGAGGCAAGAGGGUAGCGGAGGCAUUAAUGUCGGCGGUAACGCCAAUGGAACUGGAUGUCCUGGCACACCGGUUCCUUCGUCCACGGGGAAUUCUCCGAAUAUUGGACCCGGUGGUGGGUUUCUUGGUGCUGACAGCAACAGUCAGCCGGGCACUUCCAUGGAAGAGAUCCAUGCACUUCACCAUCUUCACUCGGCCGUUUCUUCACAGGUUUCUUUUUCGGAUCUCUAUUGA